AUGGGUGACCCACUGGGUUGCUCGUGCAUUCCCAUAAACAAAACCGUGAGGGCAGAGAGAGGGGCGCAAAGCGAACAAUAUCGUGCUACAGUGGAGCCUAUCCCGGGAUGUAACAUCACGUUAAAUGGCAAGGCUAGUUUUGUUCACGGGAUCCUGCAAUUCACACCAAGUAUCGCAUUUCUCUAUGUGCUUCAUCAAUGCGAGAUACGAGAUAUCCGUUGUCGAGAGUCAUUUUCACGGGAUCCUGCAAUUGAAGAUGACAACACCGCCCGCACUCUGUUUUUGGGGCAACAGGGAUGCGCUCUCUCAUUCAAGUUCCUUGGCACAUUUCGAGCCUGUGCUCAUUUGUACACCACGAAAGGGUCGGUUGCGCUAACGCAAUGCUCCCGAGAUAAAGGGACAAGGAUUCGUAAAACCACUCAUCCCCUUCUUUGA